AUGCUGCUGAACCUGUGUAGUGUCAAGAACCUUUACCAGAACCGGCUUCUGGGAUUGGCUGCCAUGGCUUCGCCAACGCGGGGCUCCCAGAGCAGGCGUCGGUGCAAAGACGCGACGCGCUACAGCUGCACACCGGAACAGUUCCAUAAUGUCAAUCACGACCCCCUGGCCUUGCCGCUGCCACGCUCCACCAGCGACACAGACCUGGUUAACUCGCAAAGCCGCUCCACCCUUACAGUCAGCACCUCCUACUACUCCAUCGGCCAGUCACCAGACAUGGUCAUCUGCUGGGACAUCAAAGAGGAGGUGGAUGCCGGAGACUGGAUCGGCAUGUACCUGAUUGAUGAGGUCCUCUCAGAGAACUUUCUAGACUACAAGAACCGUGGAGUGAAUGGCUCACAUAAAGGACAGAUUGUGUGGAAGAUUGACUCAAGUUCUUACUUUGUAGAGUCUGAAACUAAGAUUUGUUUCAAGUAUUACCAUGGUGUAAGUGGAGCAUUGAGAGCCACGACUCCCAGUGUGACAGUGAAGAGCUCCUGUGCCAAUGUGCUUAAACCGGUGGUCAGUCCUGAGGUUAAUCCAAGUCUGGGCAGCAGGAGACUCAUCAGCUUCUCCCUGUCAGACAUUCAGGCAGUGGGUCUUAAGAAGGGCAUGUUCUUCAAUCCUGACCCUUAUCUGAAAAUUGCCAUCCAGCCCGGCAAACACAGCCUCUUCCCCGCUCUCCCUCACCACGGCCAGGAGAAGAGGUCCGGCAUCGUCUGCAACACUGUCAAUCCCGUCUGGAAGAGAGAGCGUUUUAACUUUGUGUCUCUGCCUACGGAUGUACUGGAGAUUGAGGUGAAAGACAAGUUUGCCAAGAGCAGGCCAAUCAUCAAACGUUUCCUGGGAAAGCUGUCUAUGCCUGUACAAAGGCUGCUGGAAAAGCAUGCUAUUGGUGACCGUGUGGUGAGCUAUUCUCUAGGACGCAGGCUCCCAACAGACCAUGUCAGUGGACAGCUACAGUUCCGGUUCGAGAUAACGUCUUCAAUUCAUCCAGAUGAUGAGGAGGUGUCCCUCAGCAUGGAACCAGACGGUGUUGUGGAGCAUGACCAACAGAAUCAGGAGGAUCAAAACGUGGACCCUCCAGCCCCUGCUGAACCAGCUGCGGAGGAUGCACUGAGCUUGGGUCUGGACGUCCCAGACCUUCCUGCUGAUAGUACCGUGGACAUGGAGACCCAUGACCCUGAAAUUCCACCAGCCGAACCCCAUUGCCCUGAAAAUGCAAACACCCAGUCUGAGGAAGAGGGGGCUCCAGCAGAGGAUGAGGAAACAGAGCGUGCCUCAGUGGUAGCAGUAAGACAGGAGGAGGAGGAGGUGCCCAGCUCAGAUCACGAAGCUGAGCCUGAGGAGCAAGGCUCCAGUGAGCAGGACCAAGUUCAGGAGCAAGGAGAAGCUGCAGAGGAGUCAUAUGAUGAGUUGCCAGAAGUUCAUAGUGCUGAAGGUACAGACGCAAAUGAGAAUGAAUCAAGAGUAGAAGAUGGAGAAGUGGAGAGUCCAGUAGUAGAUGGGUCCAUGGCUUCUGAAGAGAUUGAGGUGCAAGAAGAAGAAGAAGGAGACGGUGAGGAGUCUUGCUCCCGACAAAUGCGAAACGCCAUGAAACGAAGGAGUCGCCCCUGCUCACUCCCAGUGUCUGAACUGGAGACAGUCAUUGCCUCUGCCUGUGGUGACCCUGAGACUCCACGCACACAUUACAUUCGUAUCCAUCACUUGCUCCACAGCCUACCUUCCGCCCAACAGGACUCUAACAGCCAGGAGGAUGAGGAAGUUUGCGUCGACCAGGAGACCUCUGAGGAGGUCACUCUUAAACCCUCAGAGGAUAAGGAGGAAGGGGGAGUGGAAGAGGAGGAGGGACCCUCGGAGACUCAGUCGCCCUCACAGGUUCCAGAAUGCCAUGGUCCCUGCUGUCGCAGGACUCUUCCAAGGAGCCUGUCCAUCGAGCGUCUGUCUGAGCUCAACCAGCUGCUGGGGAGUGAGCGACUCUUGCUGCCUACCCCACAGCCGGAGAGUGAAAACAGUGAGGCGGGUGUUUGUGUGGGACGAGGUCCUAGGGAGAGUGAGUGCGAGCUUUGUGACAACUCCUGCUAUAGCACCUCUUGUUACAGCACCUCCUGCUAUAGCACCUCCUGCUACAGCAAUUCUGGUUACGAGGGGCGUAAUCGUUUCUGUAGCCACACACGACUCUCCUCUGUGGACAGCACUCGCCUCUCUGAGAGUACUGUUUUCUCCUCACAAGAGGAAGAAGAGGAGGAGAACAGUGCCUUCGAAUCUGUGCCGGACUCAGUGCAGAGCCCAGAUAUACGAGAACCAGGAGACGGGUCGGUCCAGUGGACGGAGGAUCAAACAGAAGGAGGCGACCAGGGUCGAGAGGAGGCUGAGGAGUCACCGGUUGCUGGACCUAGUACCAGGACAUCAGGCAAUAGCCUUUUGCCAUGCAGUCACCAUCCAGUCAGUCAGCUACCUGCUUUGCGACCUGAUCCCCACCAUUACCCAAGUAUUGAUGAACCGUUGCCACCAAACUGGGAGGCGAGGAUUGACAGCCACGGGCGUGUGUUUUACGUAGACCAUGUAAACAGGACAACAACGUGGCAGAGGCCUUCCCAUAUGGGCAAGUGUAACGGCAUCCAGAGAUCCAACUCCAUCCAACAGAUGGAACAGCUCAACAGAAGAUAUCAGAACAUCCAGAGAACCAUGGCCACGGCCACGGAGGAUGAGUCAGGCAGCAGGAGACAGGAGAGAACCAGCAGCUCAGAGACAGAGACAGACUCACCCACGCAGUCCACAGAGCUGAGAAGAGAAGCCCCCUCAUCACCAGUGAGCAGUCAGAAGAUAAACCUUCUACUCCAGUGUCCAGCCGUAAAGUUUGUGACCCACCCAGAAUUCUUCACCAUCCUCCAUGCAAACUAUGGUGCCUAUCGGAUGUUUACCAACAGCACCUGUCUGAAGCACAUGAUUCUGAAAAUUCGUCGCGACGCGCGUAACUUUGAGCGCUACCAACACAACCGUGACCUCGUCACGUUCCUGAACAAAUUUGCCGACACGCAGCUGGAACUCCCAAGAGGCUGGGAGAUUAAAACAGACCCUCAGGGGAAAUCAUUUUUCGUCGACCACAACAGCCGUGCCACAACCUUCAUAGACCCUCGGAUUCCGCUACAGAACAGCCGUUUGCCCAACCAUCUCACCCACAGACAGCAUCUGCAGAGACUACGCAGCUACAGCGCAGGGGAAGCGUCUGAGGUGUCCCGCAGUCGAGGGGCGUCCCUGAUGGCCCGGCCCGGUCACAGUCUGGUCGCCACCAUCAGGAGUCAGUACCCACAAGACUCUGUCCCCUUAGCUUACAAUGAGAAGAUUGUGGCUUUCCUUCGCCAGCCAAACAUCUUCGACAUGCUUCAGGAACGGCAGCCCAGUCUGGCACGUAACCUCACUCUCAGGGAGAAGAUCCAUUACAUCAGAACGGAGGGUCCGCAAGGAGUGGAGAAGCUGUCAUGUGAUGCAGAUCUGGUCAUGCUUUUAAGUCUGUUUGAGGAAGAGAUCAUGUCCUACAUACCCAGUCAAUCUUACCAUCCAGGCUUCAGUUUCUCCCCACGCUGCUCUCCAGGAUCCUCACCCCAGAGUUCACCUGGCUUGCAGAGGGCCAGAGCUCCCGCCCCAUACCGCAGAGACUUUGAAGCCAAACUGCGCAACUUCUACAGGAAGCUUGAAGCCAAAGGUUAUGGUCAAGGUCCAGGAAAAAUCAAGCUAAUCAUUAGAAGAGACCACCUCCUGGAGGGUACCUUUAACCAGGUGAUGGCCUACACCCGCAAAGAACUGCAGAGGAACAAGCUUUACGUGACCUUUUCAGGAGAAGAGGGCCUGGACUACAGUGGUCCGUCAAGAGAGUUUUUCUUCCUGCUGUCUCAGGAGCUCUUUAACCCCUACUACGGCCUGUUUGAGUACUCAGCCAACGACACCUACACCGUUCAAAUCAGUCCCAUGUCGGCCUUCGUGGAGAACCAUCUGGAAUGGUUUCGGUUCAGUGGGCGUAUUCUGGGUCUUGCUCUGAUCCACCAGUACCUGCUGGAUGCUUUCUUCACUCGGCCAUUCUACAAAGCCUUGCUCAGACUUGCGACAGAUCUGAGUGAUCUGGAGUAUCUGGAUGAGGAGUUCCACCAGAGCUUACAGUGGAUGAAGGACAAUGACAUCACUGACAUACUCGACCUCACCUUCACCGUGAACGAGGAAGUCUUCGGUCAGGUGACAGAGAGAGAGCUGAAGUCAGGAGGUUCAAAUAUCCAGGUGACAGAGAAGAAUAAGAAGGAGUACAUCGAGCGGAUGGCUAAAUGGAGGGUAGAGAGGGGAGUAGUGCAGCAGACAGAGGCUCUGGUUCGCGGCUUUUACGAGGUGGUAGAUUCACGUUUGGUCUCGGUAUUUGAUGCCCGUGAGUUGGAACUGGUCAUUGCGGGGACAGCGGAAAUCGACCUGAAUGACUGGAGGAGUAACACAGAGUACAGGGGAGGUUACCAUGAUGGACAUGUAGUGAUUCGAUGGUUCUGGGGGGCGGUGGAGCGGUUCAAUAAUGAACAGCGUCUGCGGCUGCUGCAGUUUGUGACGGGCACCUCUAGUGUUCCUUAUGAGGGAUUUGCUGCACUGCGUGGGAGUAAUGGACUGCGUCGCUUCUGCAUCGAGAAGUGGGGCAAGAUCACCUCUCUGCCCAGGGCACACACGUGUUUUAAUCGACUGGACCUUCCUCCCUACCCUUCGUACACAAUGCUGUAUGAAAAGCUUCUCGUUGCUGUGGAGGAAACCAGCACUUUUGGCCUGGAGUGA